UAAAAGGGCAUUUUGAAAAUUGCUCGUACUGCUCUCAUCCCUUGGAAGGUUUGCCUCUGAAGUGACCCUAGAAGUAUGAGGGUUUGACAAGAAUGAAUAGAAAAAUAGAAAAAUGUAGAAAGCGGUUAGCCACAAAUCAUAGAGACUCCAUCUGUCCCUGUCAUUUCAGCAUCAGUUACGUCCUGAUUUUGUGUGAUUGGUACUAAAGCACAUAAUUAUGAUCACUUAAUUUUCUGAAGGAUGGGAGAAGAGCUUAGAAGCUGCUAAUUGUUAAAAAAGAUAUGACAUACCCGAUAAAAUUCCUUCCCUGCUAGCUUCCAGGUGGUAGUUGGGACCAGAGUGGGGGCAGACAGUGUCUUUUUUCCAUUCAGGGUGCACAUCUGGUUACCACAAUUUCUUGAUCACUGAAACCGCAAGCAGUGGUCCUUAAAAUGUGGCCUCAUGGAUGAGCUGGUGCAUGACUUAGCCUCAGCCUUAGAGCAGACAUCCGAGCAGAAUAAGCUUGGUGAGCUGUGGGAGGAGAUGGCCCUGAGUCCUCGGCAGCAGAGGCGGCAGCUUCGCAAAAGAAGAGGCCGGAAGCGCCGUUCCGACUUCACUCACCUGGCGGAACAUACCUGCUGCUACAGUGAGGCCUCCGAGUCGAGUCUUGAUGAAGCCAUCAAGGACUGUCGAGAAAUGGCCCCUAUUGCCAAUUUUAGUGACUCCGAUGACACAAUGGUAGCCAAACGGCACCCAGCGCUCAAUGCCAUUGUUAAGAGUAAGCAGCACUCUUGGCACGAGUCUGACUCCUUUACCGAAAAUGCACCAUGUCGACCGCUCCGGCGCCGGCGGAAGGUGAAGCGAGUGACAUCAGAGGUGGCCGCAAGCCUUCAGCAGAAGCUCAAGGUGUCAGAUUGGAGCUAUGAGAGAGGCUGCAGGUUCAAAUCGGCUAAGAAGCAGCGUCUGUCCCGCUGGAAGGAGAAUACUCCCUGGGCCUCCUCAGGUCAUGGGUUGUGUGAAUCAGCAGAAAAUAGGACUUUCCUAAGCAAAACAGGAAGGAAAGAAAGGAUGGAGUGUGAAGCAGAUGAACAAAAACAGGGCUCUGAUGAGAACAUGUCAGAAUGUGAAACCAGCAGUGUGUGUAGCAGCAGUGACACAGGGCUCUUUACCAACGAUGAAGGACGGCAAGGAGAUGAUGAGCAGAGCGAUUGGUUCUAUGAGGGAGAAUGUGUCCCAGGAUUCACUGUCCCUAAUCUUCUGCCAAAGUGGGCUCCUGAUCAUUGCCCUGAAGUAGAAAGAAUGGAUUCUGGACUGGAUAAACUUUCUGAUUCCACAUUCCUUUUACCUUCUCGACCAGCUCAAAGAGGGUACCAUGCCCGCUUGAAUCGUCUGCCUGGAGCUGCAGCUCGAUGCCUCAGAAAGGGCCGAAGAAGGCUUGUUGGGAAGGAGACCAGCAUAAGUACUGAGAGAAUAGGCCACAUCAUUAGUGACCCUCGGCAGAAGGAAAAGAAUAAAGCAUUGGCUUCUGAUUUUCCUCACAUUUCUGCUUGUGCACAUGAGUUUAAUCCCUUGUCUCCCCUUUACUCCUUGGAUGUUCUCACCGACGCUUCUCACCGAAGAUGUUCACCAGCACACUGCUCUGCCAGACAGGCAAACAUACAUUUGGGACCCCCAUGUUCACGUGACAUCAAGAGGAAACGGAAACCUGUGGCCACAGCAUCUCUGUCCAGCCCAAAUGCAGUUCACGUGGAUGUAGCGGAACCAAGCACGCCAACAUCACAGGUCCCGAAAUCUCCAAACCCCGAGUGGUUGGUCAGGACCUCUGCUGCAGAGAAAGCCACUGACUCCGCUCCAGCUACGUUUUUUAAAAUGCCACCAGAAAAGAGCUCUGGAUACAGCUAGAGAGCAGGAUCCCGCCCACCAGGAGCCCACUGGAUGCUGUGAAACGCAUCCUAAACUUGGUAUCACAGAAUCUCGCGUAGUGUAAUUGACAUUCCCAGUCCUUCCACCGCCAGGAUGACCCUUCUUUCACACAAAGCAGUGGACUCUUUCUCUUACGAAAUCAUGUGGAAAUCUGUUUUUUGGUUUUCUGUUUUUUUUUUUUUUUAAAGUAAAGUAUUGCAGCAGCAAUUUAAAAAAAGAAAAAAAAAAAAAAAAAGGUCACCCGAUGUUGUGUUUGUUACGUUGCUGUUGUAGCCCCGGCAGCUUCCUACAGCCCUGUGUACAGAGCUGUUGCUUUUAGCAGGUAUGUCUCUUUUCCUGAAAAACUAGUAACUGCUUUUGCAUACUUUUUAUGUAGAGCUUUUAAUACCAUUUGAGGAAGUCCCAAAUUUGUAGCCAGUUCUGGACAGAUGUAAACACUGAGUUGAGACCUGUGUGUGGCAUCGUGUUUACAGGAGAUAGAGUUUGCCUUUGAGCCUGGUCUUGAUUCACUGAGAGUGCCAUAAGCCAAAUUCACCACGUUCUCCUUCGGGAGCCUCAGAGGAGACCCCAGCAGCACGGACAGUGGGAACUUCUUCCAUUUUCCUAGGCAGCCUCAUGGGAUCUUCGGUGGCUGGACUGUACUUCGCCGUGUCUCCGGAGUUGCUGUUCUCCCACAGGAGGAUGUGUACAUUCAUGCUGUAAUGAAGAAGUGGUUGAGUUGUUUCGCAAACUUAAAAUAGUCAGUGGAUCGUGUCUUAAUACUUCAUGUCACAGUGUAAGCUUUUAUGUACGAAAUGGGACUUUUAUUGUUAGCUUAUAGGUCAAUAACCUGCAGCAGAAAUCCACACUCUAUUAUAAUAAUGGCUUCUCAGGGCCAUACUUUGGGGAGAAAAAUGUCUUUUUGACACGCCUUUAUACUUGGUGUGUUUAUGACGGCUCAGCUGCGUGUGGAGUUAUAUAUAUGGCUGUGCCUGAAGUUGGAUGCUACUUUGUCAAAAUGAGGAAUCAGUGGCUGCCUGAGCUGCUGGAGAAAAGCCGCCCUUUCUGAAGUAUUAUCGUGAGUGUCAUUUGGGGGCCUGGUUGACGGAAGGGUUCUUCUUUUAUAUGAAUUGAGUACAUUCGCUCUGAAAUACAGAGAAACUGUUCUCUAAGUGCCCACUUCUCUGGCAAUGUCCCAGAGGAACUCCCAGCCCUGCCCCUGGAUAUUUUCUGUGCUUGAAUAGGUGCCGAGUGGGACAGAGCCUCCUUUCCCCGAAGUGCAGCUGUCUCUUUUCCUCGCACAGAACGUGGGGUGGGCUGCUCUGUUGUGUUCCCUUUAAAAAUGAUAGUCCUUAUGUAUCAGUGUUUAACUCCAGGAUUUCCUUGUUGAUGCUUGGGUGUGACUCUGUUUGGGAGGGGGGACUUGAAGCUGAUUUAAAUGGCACUUUCUGUGAGAGGGAGAACACGUCCUUCAGUUGUUCAUAACGAGGAGUCUGGUGGAGGGAGGGGCAGGUGGGAGAUUAGGAGGUGAGGAGUAGCAUUAAAGCCAACCCUGCAUCCCUGGGAGCCACCCCUGGUUCUCCUGUCACCCCUUGGGGCUGCAUCCAGGGCAGUACAGAAAAUAAAGUGCCUAUUGAAUAUGAAAUGGCACUACUAUAUUGUUUUAGCGAUGAAGGGGGGGUUUUAUUAUCAUAUGUGCAUUAUUGUCAUAUGUGCAUUCUUACCUAGUCCCCAUCGUGUCCUGAGACAUAUUUGUAACAUAAUUUGUUGGAUUUAAGAGAAAAAUACACGGGCAUAAUUUUAUUUUCUUCACACUAGGCUCUGGCUCUUGCAGAGACGGGUCCUGUGAUCAUGUCCUAUUCAGAUCUCCACAGUGCAGAUAGCAUCUUCUUGCCUUGGCAGUUCUCCUAUCUACCUGUGAUUACAAAUAACUUAUAUAUAUGACUUUAUUUACAUUUUUAACAUCUCUAGGUUGUACUGCCAUUUUAGAGAGACAAGAAUGGUCACAGAGUUUAGCGACUUGCCAAAAAAAAUCACAUGAUCAAGCCAAGACUAAAAUCCCAGACUUUCGGACUUCCUCUGCCCUGGGUUAUAAUCUUUUGUUUUCCCUUGGUAUAUCUGAGUCACUCUGAGACCCAUAAUUUUGAAUCCGUGUGUCAUGAAUGUUUAUCAUCUUUCUUGGGCAUGCUUUUCUACUUUGAAUACAUUCAGUGGGGAUUAUCCAAAAAUGCCAGAUAUGCCUGUAAUAAGUGGGGAAGAAAAUUAAUUGCCUAAGAAACAGCUAUUAAUACUUUGCAACACAGGGUUGUAAAUUGUGCUCCUCAUUUUAAGCUGCUGCAUGAGCAUGCUGACAGAAUUAUUAACCAACUUACUUCGCUUGUUUUCUGUAUGAGUCAAUUCCAGAGGAAUAACCUUAGAAUUGAGUGUUUUUUUGAACCAUAAAUUUUAAAUUUCUUUUUUAUGUAGCCAAGUGUAUGAUAUCAUACAUUGAGUAAAGUCUGUUACCUUUUAACGAAAGAUAUAAUUUCAAAAUCAGGUUUUGUAGUCUCUUAAAAAAAACUGAUAGCAUGACUUCCUUUGAGAAUAAUCAUGGAGCUCACAUGUGUUUUAUCUGCCUAAAAGUAGUAACAAAGCUGAGUUCCACAGUUUUUAUGUAUUUCCAACUUCUGAUUCAUCCUAGCUGGCCACACAGUCUGCCUGUCUGAAUCCUAAUCUUCUGCGUUUUCCACAAGGAGCAAAAGUCAAGAUAUUAUCCACUUGUAUGAACAUCAUUCCUAAAAAUCCCUAAAAAAUUUUUGCUUACAAGGGAAUUUGAGAUUAUUUUUCAGAUACAGCAUUUUAAAGGGAACAAGUUCAUUUGUAUCAAAACUCUUGUGUUGCUUUUUGGUAAGACCUGUGCAGAAGAGAGAAUUAGCUGUUUACAUGGUGCCAAAUUUAGGAGAGGCAGAGUGUGGUCUUUAUUGAGUGGUGUGUGCUUGAUAAAUAAGGCACAUUUAACGUUGAAUUCUUUUGAAAUCAAAUGCAGUUGAAAAUUUGUUUUGCUGUGAAACAGGCUGCAAACAAGGCUGUUUUGGCAGGAAAAUGACCAAAAGCUGAAAUAAAAUUUCUUAUUCUCUGGUG